AUGGGUGGUGAUAAACUUUCUUCUGCUGAUUUGAUUUUUCAGAUCCAAUCCUUUUAUUUAAGAAAAAAAGAAUACAAUAUUCCAUAUAGUGCAAGUAGGGGUGAUGUUCUUACUUGGUGGAUUUUAUACAAUUCUGUCCAUAGUGAAGAAAAUUAUAUACAAAAAUUAGCAUUAAAAAUAUUAGCAAUAACUCCUUACAAUGCUAGAUUUGAAAAACUGGAAGCUAUGGUCAAGCUUUAUAGAUAUUAUAUUACAAAUGCCCAAAAAGAACUAAAUGAUGAUAGUAAUGGGAAUGAUGGGGAUAAUGAUUACAAUAAUAAUAAUGAUAAUGAUGAUAACAAUAAUGAUAACAAUGAUGAUGACGACAAUAACAAUGAUAACGAUAAUGACGAAAAGAAUGUUACAGAAAUCGAAAAAUGGGUCAAUAUAAAUAAUUUGGAAUUAAAAAAAUUACUUAAUAUAGAAGUAAAUGUAGUUAUUGAACUACAUUUAUUACCUGUUAUUAACCAUGGUUCAAAUGUAUUUGAUGUUGAAGCUACUGUUGACAAAAUAUUAAUUAUGGAAUUAUUACAUCGUCAUAACAUACUUUUCGUGUCUGAAGACAUUUCUAAUACCCCUAUUCUCACUGAUGAUGAUAUUUCCAAUAAUCCUGUUAUUACUAUUGGUAAAGAUAAAGAUGAAAAUAUUAAUGAUAAAAUUCCUGAUAACAUCCAAGAUCAACUAGAUACUGAUGAAACACGAGUGAAAAUUGCUAGUGAGAAUAUCAGUUUUAAUACAACUUUCCUUUCCUGGGAAGAAGUGGAAGAUUUUCUAAAAGACUAUGGCCAACGUAAUGGAUUUGCAAUAACUAAAUAUCGUAUAGAAAAAAACAGAUCUACGCAAUUAAUUACAAAAAGGACAUUUGUAUGUGAAUUUAGUGAACGUGCUACUUGUAUCACUGUUAGUUUAUUCGCAAAUCAACAUAAUCAUGAAUUAAGACCAGAUGCUUUUGAAUUUAAUAGCAAAUAUAGAGAAUUUACAAAAGAAAUGAUAGACAAAAUUGAAAUAAUGACCAGAUAUGGCAAUCUUUCAAUUACUUUACAACGAAAUCUUCUAAAAGCAAGAUUUCCAAAAAUGAAUUGUUCAGAUUCGGACUUGUCAAAUGCUAUACAAAAGUUCAAGUCACUUGAUCGUAGUAAUAUGCAUAAUGAUGCAUCUGAUCUUCUUAUCAAUCUUGUCCAAAAGAAGCAGGAGGAUCCUUUGUUUGUUAAAUUUGAACUUGAUAAUGAUAAUCAGCUUACCCAUCUGUUUUGGAUGACUCCUGAACAAGUAGUACUCUGA